AUGGCCACAGCGAACGACAGGGCUGUGCUGCAGACCAUCUUCAACCCCAGCACCCCGUUUGGGGACAUCCCCGGGCUGGACGAGGAGGACGUCCAGGAGGAAGGAGACGCCUUCGCACCGGAGUUGCUGGAGCAGGUCCGGGACCUGGAGCUGCAGGGGGUCACCGCCGCCGAGUCGGGGGACUUGAGCACGGCCCUGGAAAGGUUCAGCGAGGCCGUGCGGCUGCUGCCCGAGCGCGCCUCGGGCUACAACAACCGUGCCCAGGCCCUGCGGCUGCGGGGGAACGUGGCAGGUGCCUUGCGGGACCUGGACGCCGCCAUCCGCCUGAGCCGGGGUCGCGGCCGCGCCGCCUGCCAGAGCUUCGUGCAGCGCGGCCUCAUCCACCGGCUUCAGGGUCGCGACGAGGAGGCGCGGCGGGACCUGGAACGGGCGGCGCGGCUGGGCAGCGCCUUCGCCCGGCGGCAGCUGGUGCUGCUCAACCCCUACUCGGCGCUCUGCAACCAGAUGUUCUGCGAGAUGCUGGGACGUCUGCGCAACCUCGGCGACUCCAGCAGCGGGUGA